UGAGCGUGCGUUUCUUUCUCAGUGACAGAAUAUCCGUGCCGAUGUUGUAGUGCUCAAAAUCCAAACAUUAUUUACGUGACACAAAAAGUUCUAUCCAGUGAUCACAAUGGAUGGAUAAUCUAGUGGCGGCUCACUUUAUAUCGGCGGGAGUAUCAUCAAUGGCUUGAGCCAUGUUCCGCACGGCGUCAGCUGAGGGCUCCGGGCCGAGGACGCCGCCCGCCUACGCCCCGCAUCCUCCUUACGUCCCACCUCGCUUCUUUCCGCCUCGAAUCCGCCCGCCGCCACCCCAGUACUGCUUCGAUGCCGCCCGCUUCGCUUGCGACGCUUCCAAACCUAGAUACCUCGAUGUGGAGAGAGAAAGGCUCGUCACAAGAUGGCUGGCUGAAGCCAACGAAGCGCUGGUCCGACGGGACCGACCGCCGAGGUACAAGCCUAGGAGUAGCGAGCGGAGGCCGGACUUCUUGGAGCGUCGGCCGAACGCACCCGAAUGGGCGGACAAUUUCCUUCUCGGGCGACGGAACGGUUCCGCCGAGCCGGAAGACGAAAACAGUGAUGUGAUGACGUUAAAAGAGUUUGUUGAUAAGUUUUCCUUGCCUCGUGUCGUGAGGUUUGAAGGAGAAGAUAGGGCUGUGCUGUUAUAUCGUGUGUUAGAAGCGCAUAGGCGGGUCGAGGCUGUGCCGUUGUCGGGGAAGAAAGGAAAGCUUGUUGGGAAGCCGCUCUACAUCCCUGAUUCCUAUGAUGGCUGGUUUUCGGCGUGUGGGUGUCGUGGCGGGUCUCUCGCGACGGCCCGGGGCUCCAUCGCAGCACUGCUACGGAGUAGGGCCUUCGCUCUCGUGUCGCCACGUGCGAUAUCCGCCUAUAGAGCGAGGCCCACUUCUGAAAGUGGUAGAGUAGGUGCGCAGUACGAAAGAGCAGCCGCAAGACCGGGGACGCCGUUGCGGCUGGCAGGUGUGUUCGCGGACGGCAGCAAAGCGAAAGCGCCGAAGUAUGCCCAGCUCAUCGAUCCGCAAGGAAAUGAGCUCUUCGUGCCUAUCAACACUAAGGGAGAGAUGUACGAGGUUUGUCCGGAAGAGCUAUCGCCUACGGAAUGGGAAGAGACCCCGUCCACUGCCCCCGUGCCCCCUGAGAUAGCGCAGAGAGCUCAUCGCCUACCCCAUCUGUUAAGCCUGUGGAGACUUCCGACUCGAGUCAGGUUGCUGGCCGGCACUGUACCUAUUGAAAUGGCGCAUGAUGUUGGAGACGAUCUACUACUGCGAGCGGCAAUCACAGAGCCAGUAUUGGUUAUGUGUACUCUGCCAGAAUAUAAUUCGUUGCCGUCCAGUCCGAGCAAGCAGGUGGACCCGCGGUACCACGCGAAGGAGACGCUACAACUACUUCCGCUAAAUAGUAAUAUCAAAGUUCGCCGAACACAGCUCGGAUUCGAAAAUGAAAAGAGAAUGUUUCUCUCCGCUCGUCUCCAGAAAGCACUAACCUUCUGUCAAUUGAACGUUGACAACUGGAUCAGGCAGAUCUCGUACGCAAACUCUACUGUCGUAAGCAAAGCAAAAACAGCAGAGGACCUUAUCAAAGAAGACCACGAACCCGUAAAAUUUGAAAAAGAAAAGAAAUUCACCCUACAAGGCUUGAAACUAGAUCCAACCCGGCUGUUCGGUAAAAGUGAUAAAGUAUUAAAAGAAAUCCCUGAUGAAACAGAGGGUUCCAUAAUAUUUUUAAGUAAAAACGAACUCGAGCAUAUGAACUAUGAUGUUUAUAGUGAUGAUGAAGGUAAGGAUGACAAAAGCGAGGAAAAAGCAGAGUCAGAACACUUUGCUAGUGAAAAAAUGCACGUGUUUAGAGAGGACACGGAAAAGAAAAAAGGAAAUUGGUUCAAAAAUUUGAAACUAUUAAAAAGCACAGAAAAGUUAAACGACAAAAUAACAGCUAUCGAAAACGGUGAAAAGUAUAGAGACAUUAAAGACCCGUUUGAUCCUUUGGCCGAAAAACAUAGUUCCAUUGAACGAUAUCAAGAUAUGGCUAAGCUUAUUGAAGAUCGUUUUGGAGCGUUUAGAAAGAAUGAUGGGACAGCUGAAAAGAGUCAUUCCUAUAAAAGUCUUACAACGUCUUCAUCUGAAAUGGGUACAAGCCAAUGUAGUUCCAGUCAUAAAAAACCAGUACUGACUAAAUCAGUGUCGGUUCAGACAGGUAUGCCAGACGGCUCCUUCACAGAAGAGGAAGACAGUGGUAUCAAUAUGAAGCAUGGUCGUAAGAACCUAAGUGUAGAUCAAAUAAAUUACUGUGGUUCUAUGGAAAGUGAUUCAAGUUCUGGAAGAAAAUUAAAAUCUCUAGAUGAAAAUAUGCUAAAGAAAUCAUCAGCAACAAAAUCUUCAACAAACCUUGAGAGACGACAAAGGAUACAACCAGAUUUAAUACCCGAAAAAGCUAUGGUCAAGUCGGAGUCUUAUAAUCAAAUACAAAGCUGUGAAGAAAUCAAUAUGUUUGGAGCUGGCUCACUUUAUAAUGACAAUGACUUCGAAAUUAAUUAUAAGCAACACUCUUUCAUUACGGAAAAAUUGUGUUCAGAAUUUCAUGUAAAGACAAAAAGGGUAUUAAGCAAGUCCACCUCUAAUUUACUACACCCUAAAAAAGCGAGCGACAAAAAAGAAACUAAUAACAGUAACAGUAUGCCAACUAAAACCUCGAACGAAAGUGACAAACUGGUUAACUUUAGAAAAAAAAUUGACAAACCCAGGGCUCCUACGCCCAAAUCUGAUGUAGAAGACUCCGUUCCUGUGGAUAUAUCAGAAGAAGAACCUCAAAUACAAAAGAAGCUAAGACGGUCUAUAUCCUCCAUUCAAAAGCGAAAGUUACCGGUUAUAGAAGAUUUACCGUACGGUCAAGUAGCUGAUGCUGUUCACUUGGAAGAGGAAAAAAUUGAUACAGAUUCAAGCUCUGAUAAUAUAUAUGCUGAAAUUUGUACUCCCAAUGGUAAUAAAACCAGUGAAGAAGAUAAUUAUGACUACAAUGUAGAUGUGCUUGCAACUGAUCCUGUGAUUUGCAAUGUAAAAAAAGAAAUUAUUAAUCGAAACGAUGAAAGAGCAAGGCAGUUGAGUGUUAACCAGAAUCUGGAUAAUCCUUUUAGGCACAUAGAAGUGGUGGUUAUAGAGAAAACAACAGAUUUCGAGUUGGAUAAUUCGAGUGUUGCGUCCAGUGAAUUUGAUGAAACGGGAAGUAAAAAUGAUGUAUCUAUAGCGAUAGAUUCUUGGGAACGCGAUAAAAGUAAGACCUCAGAACCAAAACUACACGCUAUUAGAUUAGAAAUAACUAGCAAUAUGGACGAUUACCCAGUUGAGAAUCAAACAUUAGAAACGACAGAGGUUCACCUUAGUAAAGAUAAUUCUUUAAGUUUUAGCAAUAGUAUCCAUUUGAAUGGUACAUAUCCCAACGAGGCCAUCUAUGAUACUUUAAAAUAGAAUAGUUGUAUUAUAUUAUUGCAAAUUUAGCACACAUAAGAGUCACAAAAUGUAUAGGUAAGUAGACACAUUCUUAGAAUGGUAUUAAAAUGUCGCCUGCACAUCAUUUUAUUAAAAUCUUACUUUUUUAGAAUACCCACAUUCAUAUAAUUAUGAUAAUACGUACGCUCAAACCAGAGGUUGAAAGUAGAAGAAAUUAUUUGAAAUGCGACAUUAUUUUUCCUGAUAGAAUUGGUACAGUAAACUAUUCAGUAUUAUACAAUAAAGGAGGUACCUCGGUAGAAAAAUAGUAAGAAUGUAGGUAAAGCCGGGUACCUAGAUAUUCUAAAAGAAGGCGACGAAAUUAUUUAAGGACGACUAAAGAUUACCUACAAUCUUAUACUUAUAUACAAUAUUUUAGUAAAAAUAUGGAACCAUGUCAUCAAAUAUUGGCACCUGUAAUAUAUUUUAAUAGUAAAUAUCUCAACAUUUAAAAAAUAAUAAACAUAAGAUGCUUCUUUUUAAAAUGCAAGAUCUCCAUUCUAAAGAUGGCCAAAAUCGGUGCUAAUAGGUGCUCAAAUAAAUUGUAAUUUAAUUAUAUUAAGGCCACACUAUGUAGAAAUAUAGCCCUAUAUAAGAGAAGUGAAAACCAAAUCGGUUCCUUGUCAAUUACGUUUAAGAGUUUGAGAGAACUGUGACCAAUUUUCUAUUGGCAUUCAUGAAAAGAUAAUAAAAGUUACACAUGUAAUUCUUAUUUUUUUAUAACAAUCGGGCUCUAUUUCUAAGUAUCACAUAUCACAUGACAAUUAUACUAUUGUAAAUUUUUGUAUUAUAUAGUUUUAAAUACCUAGAUAUAGUGUAAUAUUUUUAACGAUUAAGUCUGAUGCUCUCGAAAACGAAAUGUAAAAAUAUUGUUUCAAAGAGACGCUUUCAAGAUACGAAUAAACGAAUA